AGUAGGAGCCGAGCUGCCGACGCAUCAACAUGUGGAAGCUGUUUGUGUUAUUCUCGCUUACCUUCGCGAGUGGUGAUAACUACUUUUCCCGUAAUGAAUACAAAAGGACGCAACUGGGAAAUGCAGUGGACAAAGCCUCUAUGAGAUUGCUUAAGGAUUUGUAUGAUGAGAGCACAGACAAGAAUGUAAUUUCCUCCCCUCUGGGCGUCCUAAUGCUGCUGUCUCUGUACUCCACGGGAGCGAGUGAAACAAACAGAGAGCAAAUAGUAAAACUCCUGGGCCUACCAGACUACAAACAAAUGACGAACUCUUACAGCCUGUUGUCCGAAAAGUUCAACUCCAUGAAUCCCGACUUGCUAACUCUCGCUAACAAAGUCUACGUGUCCAAUCGGUUUGCCUUGAAUGACCAUUUCUCUACUGUCGCCACCCGGGAUUAUUACAGCGAAGUGGAAACCCUCAAUUUUACUGAUUCUCAGGCCGCAGCCGCGGCUAUUAAUGAAUGGGCGGAUCGGAAAACUCAUGGUAACAUAAAGAACCCGGUGUCUGCGGACAUAUUUACUCCAGACACAGCGGCAGCACUUUUUAAUGUAAUUUUCUUCCAGGGUCAUUGGGGCGUUCCGUUCCGCAAGGCAGACACAAAAGACAAAAAAUUCUACAUCAGCAAAUCGGAAACUAUUGAAAAGCCGACGAUGCAUUUACUACAGUCACUGUUAUAUAAAGAAGACAAAGACCUUGGUGCUAGAAUGAUAGAGCUGCCUUAUAAAGAACCUGGAUUCCGUAUGAUUGUCGUGUUGCCUGACGCUGUGGAUGGGCUGCCGGCAGUGCUAGAGAAAUUGUCUCAGAAAGGCAUCUUGGAGGACGUGUUCGCAUUAAGCCCAGCCGGUCGGGACGUAUACUUGGAUAUGCCCAAAUUUGAAGUUAAAUCAAAGUUCAAUCUGAAGAGCAUCUUAAAUAAGGAGGGAGUGGGCGGAAUAUUUAGCGAGGAUGCACCCGGCAUUGUUAAAGGACAAGGAGUGAAGGUGUCCGAGGUGUUCCAAGAGGCAUUCGUGAAGGUCGACGAGGAAGGGGCCACAGCUGGCGCUUUUACUGGUGUGCUAUUCGUAGCAACGUCGGCGCUUUUAGAACCACCACAGCCUUUACAGUUUAAAGUUGACCGGCCGUUCCUUUACAUGAUUCUCAACGAGGACAUCGUGCUGUUUGCUGGCGCUUACUCGCACUGAUAUUAAAGUAAAUAUAUAACGAAAAUAGGUAUCAGCAUAAUAUAUGUAGGUUGAUUGACACCUAUUAACGUUUAUCG